ACUUUUGAAAAUAUACAAACAAUUGCACGUGCUGGAUUUAGAAUUAAAUUUUUCCAACAUUUUUUUUGUAAAUUUUCUUCAUUUACAGUUAGAAAUACUUCCAAUCAGAGUCAAAAAUAUAUAGUCAUAUACUAGCGUCAAUUUGCCGGUCAGUUUACUAAAGCUUUUAUACCCAUCGUUGAUACAGCCCUAAAAAUGUCCACGCCAGGAGAGCCGGUCUCAGCUUAUGGUGUAUUUAAAGCAGCCAAAGAUAUGGCUGAUAACAAAAAGAAGACGAAUAAAAAACAAAAUGGUUCAGUGAAAGCUAAACAGGCCAAUAAAGGCAAAGUUAAGAAAUUGGCUUGUGCUCCCGCUACGGGAGGCACAAAAGCGGCUGGUAAGUUGCAAAAUUUAAAUAUGAGUGGUCAGGCUAAGACCUUAAGUACAAAAACGAAAAGUACCUCAAGUUCUUCGAAGAAUAAAACAAAUGGCAAGAAAUCUACUAAAGCCACUGCAGCCGGAAAGAAAACUCAAACCACAAGCUAUAAAGGAUCAGAAGUUGUUAAUUUGGUGGAUCAACUGUAUACAGAUGAUGGCAAGAAACUAACAAAAGCCGAACAAAAAAAGAAAAAGGAUUUAGAAGAGUAUUUAGUAAAACAAUUAGAAAUGGAUGAUGCUCAGCAAGAGGAGGAGGCAGAAGAUGGAAGUUUUGAAAGUGGUGAUGAGGAAGGUUCUGAGGAAGAAGGCUCUUAUUCUGAUUCAGAUGUUUAUUCGGAUGAAUAUUCGAUAAAUGAAAGUGGCAGUUAUACAGAUGAGGAUACAGGUGAAAAUGAAGACAAUACUGCCUCCUAUACUGAUCAAGAAUCUUCUAGCACCAAUGAAGAUGAUAAUCAUGCUGCCGAAGCUUUAGCCCAAGCUAUAUUAGCUAAGGCCAAUAAAAAAAGAAAAAGUCCUGAUGUCACUCAAACGAAAACGAAAUCUGUACCCGUAGAAGCUAAAAAAUCCAAAAAAGUUGAAGAUACUGCUGCAGCACGCAAAUCUUUGCCUGCGCCUAAAGCGGAUAAAGUUCUCAACGAAGAAACCAAACGUAGACGUUCUUCUUUGGCCUCUUUAGAUGAUUUUUCCAAGAAAUCUACACCCAAGACUGCCAACAGCAAAAUUUCCACUACGGCCAAUGUUAAAUUGGAACCUUUAUCGCCUCCAGCUAAUAUAGUCAAACUAAAUAGUAUUGAAGAGGGUAAGAGAGCCUUUAAAUGGCUUUUGAAUCCGGUUACCGUAGAUGACUUUUUCGCCAAAUAUUGGGAACAGAAAGCCUGUUUGAUUAAGCGUCAACAGUCUAAUUAUUUUGGCCAUUUGAUUUCUUUCGAGGCCAUCGAUCAAAUGCUACUGAAAAAUCAUGUGGAAUUUACCAAGAAUAUAGAUGUUACUUCAUAUAAAAAUGGCGUUCGUGAAACCUUAAACCCCGAAGGUCGUGCCAUGCCACCCGUGGUCUGGGAUCAUUAUGGUCAAGGCUGCAGCAUACGUUUACUUAAUCCACAAACCUUUUUGCCGGGUCUGUUCACACUCAGUUCCACUAUGCAGGAAUAUUUCCAUUGUUUGGUGGGAGCCAAUGCUUAUCUAACCCCACCCAAUAGUCAAGGUUUUGCUCCUCACUACGAUGAUAUAGAAGCUUUCGUUUUACAGAUUGAGGGACGUAAACGUUGGAAGCUAUAUAAACCACGCAAUACUUCGGAAAUAUUACCACGCUACUCUUCCAAGAAUUUUACACAAAAGGAGAUUGGUAAACCGGUGCUAGAGGAAGUUUUGGAACCCGGUGAUGUUUUGUACUUUCCCCGGGGCACUAUACAUCAAGCUUGCACUGAACCUGGCUACCAUUCAUUACAUAUUACCUUGAGUGUUUAUCAGAAACAGUCAUUUGCUGAUUUGUUUGAGAAAAUGUUACCUCUUAUGCUGCAAAAGGCCAUUGCUUCCAGUGUGGACUUGAGAAAAGGUUUACCUUUGCAUGCCUGGCAUCAUGCUGGCAUUGCUUACAGUGAUAAUGAUACUAAGGAACGUGCUGAUUUAACGAAAAAAGUUACUCAGUUAAUGCAUAAAUGUUUGCGUGAUAUGCCUUUACAGGAAUUGAUGGAUGCAGGCAUGGAUCAAUUGGCCAAGAAGUUUCAACAUGAAGCUUUGCCACCAGAAAUUUUACCAGCUGAAAAAUUACGCACUGUUUUUGGUUCACGCAGUCGCACCAAUGAACGUGGUGAAUGUGUGUGUGAUUAUGAUAUUGAUGAACGCACCAAUGUGCGCUUGUUGAGAGCAAAUAUCUUGCGUUUGGUAGAGGAAGAGGAAAAGAUACGUAUCUACUAUUAUUUGGAUAAUUCCAAGGAAUAUUGUGAAUAUGAACCGAAUUUUAUAGAAAUUGAAGCCAUGGAAGCGGCCAGUGUAGAGGUAUUAAUUAAAUCUUAUCCCCAAUAUGUGGGAGUAUCACAAUUACCCUUGCCCUCGGAUGAUCAAAAGAUUACUUUGGUCACCGCCUUGUGGGAAAGGGGUUUGCUUAUGAUGGAAAAACCUUUUAGGUAAAUGUGGUGGAAAACACAAAAGACAAGUCUGUUAGUUAAGAGUAAUUAAUUUGUAUGUUAUGUACUUUCCUAAUAAUUGUAAAAUUGAGAAAAAUUUAAUUUUUUAUUGUUUUAAA